CACGAUGAGGGUUCUACCUCUUGUUUUGAAGUUGAGUAAAUCGUGAUUUCUUCCUCAUGGACUCACUCUAUCCUCAAAUAAUACUUAUAAAUGACAAUAGCUAUCAUUCACGGAGCUGCUUGGCUUUUGUUAGGUCAAUAGAACUCUAGCAUGUCUCAUUUUUACGUGCCUUCAGCAGUUACAGCAGACAUCUCUUCUGCCCAGAAUCUUGCUCAUUUGUCUCCAAUAUCGUCUGGUUUAAUGGCUUUUCAAAAGAGGAAAGGCGUAGGAACAAUACUCCUUACUAUCACAGUUGUUGAAGGUCGCCAACUACCAGUAAUGGAUCCUAAUGGUAAAUCAGAUCCAUACUGUAUCGUGUCUGUUGGAGGGCAAGAACAGACCACUGCUGUGCAGUAUGCCACUGUUAAUCCAGAGUGGAGAGAGACAUUUCAGUUUGAAGUUCCAGCAAUACCCCAAUCAGAUACAGACGAUAACUAUGGAAGCUGCCUCAUUCAUUAUGCUACAAUUGACAUCUGGGACAAAGACACCCUAAACAGAGACGACUUCAUGGGUAGAGUGAUGGUACCCAUUUCUACGUUGAAUGAGCAGCCUACAUCAGGGUGGUAUCCACUGGGGAGGGCCGCACCUAAAGACAAUGUCUCGGGGGAGAUAUUCUUGAAGAUACAAUUAGUGGCAAAGCAGCCCAUUCCACGGUGGAAUGUCGACACGGAGCUGCUUUCGCUGUGCAAGAAGAAAGCUGGCUUUGAACUACCUUUUGUUUCUGGUGAUUCCAUUCUUGAUUUUCCAGGAGAAGCAGAACAUGUAGAGAUGGUUUUAGAGGACGUUGUAGUUGAAGUCAGCAAGCACCGUGGAAUUGGAAGGGUUUACUUGACUGAUUUUAGACUUGUAAUCUUGUGCAACACAUCAAGCCAUGUUGGCGUAGGUCACUGUGACAUGUCAAUGUGGGUGGCUCUCAACAACAUUCAAUCAGUAGAUAAAGGAGAAGAUGAAAAAGUUGUUCGAAGAACAGCUGGUGGAAAUGCAGCAUUUGCAGAUGUCAAAACACUGACCAUCCGAUGCCUGGACUUCCGUACCAUCUACCUUACCUUCAUGAAUAGCCAUCAGCCUGCACUGGGUGUAUUCUUCUUGCCGCCAGGUUCCCACAGUAGCCAAUCUAGUCCAGACUCUAUAGCAGGCUCUGCUCAUCAACUGGCGGUGGAGGAGGGAGAGGACGCUAGUGAGCAAAGGUUGCUGGAUAUUACUGUUCCUGAGCUUGAGAGACUAAAUUCAGGAGAUGGUGGCCAAUCACAAUUCCCAAACAACAGCAGCCAUGAUGACAUCACCCGUAGUAGCAGCCACAGUAGUUUCCAAGUCCUCUCCAAGAGUAGUAGUAGUGGAAGUGUGGAAGGACUGGGAAUACUAGCAGGAUCUGGGGUACUGGGUGUCACAUGCUUAGCUGGAACGUCAACAAUACCUGAGAAAAGUAUCCAAAAUGAUCUUUAUAGUGUGAAUUUUUUGCCGUACUAUGUCAAUGUUCUGUAUCAGAGAAUAGCAUUUCAUAUUUUGAAUGCAAUGGACAGCCCUCCUUCAAAAAUAUUCAUCAAAUAUCACUCUACUGACAUACAACUAGACUACUGGAGUGUGUAUGACUAUGAUCAAGAAUACAGUAGACAAGGGAUUUCCAGUGAAUGGAGAGUAAGUAGAGCAAACCUAGACUUUGCUAUUUGUCAUUCAUAUCCCAAGUUUCUUGUCGUCCCUGCUAAAAUUGAGGAUACUACAUUGAAAGGCACUGCUCAUUUUAGAUGCAAAGGUCGUAUUGCUGCUCUUUCAUGGUUCAAUUCUAAGAAAGGAAAUUUCAUUAUGCGCUGUGCGCAGCCAAAGACAGGAGCCAUGGGAAAAUUCUCAACAGAAGAUGAGUAUGUGAUCAGAGCAGCACGCAAGUGUAAUCCAAUCUCUGAUAGACUAGUGAUCUUUGACGCGCGCUCUUUGAUGGCUGCUAGUGGGAAUAUGCUAAUGGGUAAAGGAACAGAAGAUACCGUGAACCGAUACCAGGGCUGUACCCUGGUCUAUCUGGACAUCCCCAACAUACAUGCUGUAAGAGACAGCAUCGAGAGGCUGCAGGGUGUGUGCGAGUCAUCGUCACAGAAGAAAUGGCUGUCACAUUUGGAAUCGACGCAAUGGUUGGCUUAUAUUGCUGCUAUCCUGAAGGGCGCGACAACGAUAGCUCGGUUCAUCGAGAAAGGCGUGUCUGCUUUAGUACACUGCAGUGAUGGUUGGGAUCGUACGUCACAACUGACGUCAUUAGCUCAAAUAUUACUGGAUCCUUACUAUAGAACCUUUACAGGUUUCCUGGUGGUUUGGUAACUUUCUUCAUAACAACGUGAGGGAUCGUCACCUCACGUUCGUCUCUAGAUCCACGGUAUCCCUGUGGUCUCAUUUAUAUGCAUUACAGGAGGAAAUGAAGAAUACCCAGUAUUCUCUCUGCUCUGAGGUGCAUGCGGUCAGGUGUUUUGUGGUGACUGCUCAAAACAAAAGAUCACUCUCCCCCAGUUUGGCUACACAAAUCCUGAACGAGUAUGCGAAUCCUGCUAUCAACAAAACAAGAUGACAUCCAAGGAAGAGGAGGUGGGGACUACAGGCGCGAAGCUGGAAGUAAGGACUCUACUGGACGGAAAGCAAGAAAACAAGAGCGACGGUGAAAUUAGUGAUAGUGAUAGUAGUUGGGAGGGUGUUCAUGAAAAUGUAUACGCUGAUGAUGAUGAUGAUGACGACGAUGGUGAUGAUAAUGGUGUCAACUCUAAAAACGACACGCAUGAAAUCAAAUGUGUUGACGGUUAUUUUUAGAAAUUCUCAAAAGUAUAUCGUCGGUAGACGUCACAGAUGACAUUAAAAAUGACGUCAUCUAUGGUGACGUAAUUUGGUAAGCAUCUUCACUUGGGUGAAAAUGUUAGAAAAUUCUUUAAAUGGAUGAUUUUUCAUAACCAUGAAAAAGGUACCGAUGUCAAUGUAGUCAUCUGGUAAUCACCCGCUCCAUUAAAGAUGAUCAGGAUAUUUUUAAUGGUUUCUACUAAAUUUCCAAAAAAAAAUAGCCACACUAGGUAUUUGUACCUUAGAGAUACAGUUUGGGUCCACUACACUGCUCCUUCUGUCCUUUCCUGCCUAACAAGAAUCAAUACUUUUUAUAGGCUUGCUAUUUCUACAUGCGAGUUCCAACAAACAUUUUUAAAUAUAAAUAUUCACUUACUGUGGAGUACCACAGAGAUCAGCUUUGGGUACACCACACUCUUCCUCCGGUUUUGGCUGCCUCUUAAAGUGCAAAUGAACCCUUCGACAAUACUUUCA